GCUGAUUUAGAACCUGAAGGGUUCUGGGUGGUCACAAUCGGCCAAGAAGUUGGUAUAUUCUACCACUGGGCUGAUGUGGCUGAACGCACCCAUUUUGUUAGUGGUAACAUUCAGAAGUGGUACCCUUCUUUUCAGAAGGCGCUUCAAGUAUAUACCGCACAAUAUAACGAAGGCAGAGUGCAAGCUGUCCCAACCCCAGGUGGUCCUUUCUGGCUAUCUCCAUCCCCAUGUUCCCCAUCUUUGUCCCCCGACUCGGAUGGCCUGUGGUCGCAACUAGAUGACCUGUCAGAGACGAUGUCAUACUGUGAACUUUAG